AUGGACAAGUUUCGGAUGAUCUUCCAGUUCUUCCAGUCCAACCAGGAGUCCUUCAUGAACGGCAUCUGUGGGAUCAUGGCCCUUGCCAGCACCCAGAUGUACUCAGCCUUUGACUUCAACUGCCCCUGUCUGCCACAGUACAACCUGGCCUACGGGCUGGGCAUCCUCCUGGUGCCCCCCUUCAUCUUGUUCCUGCUGGGUUUUGUGCUGAACAACAACAUCUCCAUGCUGGCAGAGGAGUGGCGGCGGCCGCGGGGCCGGCGCGGGAAGGACGCGGCCGUGCUGCGCUACAUGUGCUGCUCCAUGGCACAGCGGGCCAUGAUCGCCCCCGUGGUCUGGCUCUCGGUGACACUGCUGGACGGCAAGUGCAUCACCUGUGCCUUCUGCACCUCGGUGCCCCUGGAGAGCCUGGGCAAUGCCAGCCACCCCCGCCUGUCCCAGGGGGAGGUACAGCGGGUGCUCGCCCGGAUCCCCUGCAAGGAGAUCUACACCGGGCAGCAGCUCAUCGCCAGUGAAGUGGCUGUCAGGUACCUGCGCUGCAUCUCACAGGCUCUGGGCUGGUGCUUUGUGCUGCUGAUGACCACUCUGGCUUUCUUGGUGAGAUCUCUUCGGCCCUGCUUCAGCCAGGCUGCCUUCCUGAAGAGCAGGUACUGGUCCCACUACAUUGACAUCGAGCGCAAGCUGUUCGACGAGACGUGUGCGGAACACGCCAGGAGCUUUGCCAAGGUCUGCAUCCAGCAGUUCUUUGAGGGCAUGAGCACAGACCUGGAGGCUGCUCGCUGCCACCUGCCCAGGAAAGCCCCUGCUGAUGCAGGGGAAGCUGCUGAGAAGCUCCUGGGCAUCACCGACCAGGGCACCAUGAACAUGGUCCUGAAGAGCUGGCACAGAUGCAAGCCCCCGCUGCACCUCCACCCACCUGCCCCACCCACUGGAAACGGCUGGGCAGGAGAAGGGCAGCCCCCCACACACCCCUCAGCACCCCGAAAAGAGACAGCUGCCUACUACAGCUGGGUGUGA